AUGAACUCUAAUAACACAACUUCUGGGAAUAUCUCUCUGAUUGGGGAGAAGGCAGGGUUGGAAAUGCAGUUUUCUGAGAGUAUUGCUAUCUUGAUAACUGUACUGGUAUUUUGUCUGAUUUCACUCACAGUUCUAGGCAACACUUUUGUCAUAGUGGCUUUUAUAGUAGACAAGCGACUCAGAAAUAAAAGUGACUUUGUGCUCUUGAAUUUGGCCGUUUGUGAUUUUUUAAUAGGUGCAUUUACGUCCCCUAUUUAUGUUCCAUAUUUCUUGACCGGGAAAUGGACGUUUGGAAGAUUUCUAUGUAGACUCUGGGUAACUGUAGAUUAUACUGUUUGCACUGCAUCAUCAUUUAAUGUUGUGCUUAUCAGCUACGACAGAUAUCUUUCUGUGACCAAAGCUGUUUUCUAUCGUUCGCUGCAAAAUAAACACAGUCAUACUUUCGUGGGCAUGGCAUCUGUGUGGAUUUUCUCAUUUCUUCUAUAUGGCCCUGCCAUUCUUUCCUGGGAAAAUGACAAUAUUGACAGCAGUGAUCCUGUCAGCACAUGUGUUGCUGGAUUUAGUGGAAUUUGGUAUAUUAAUUUUGGAACAUCAUGUGUAGAUUUUGCUCUUCCCUUGAUCAGUAUUUUAUUCUUUAAUUUGAGCAUUUAUUGCACUAUAAAGAAACAAGGCAAAAAGAAAAGGCAGAAAUCAUUUUUUCAGAAUUCCAAAGGAAAGGAAAAUAAUGGAAAUCUAAACAUUAUUGCAACAAAUAAUGCUCUGUUUUCUGAACUACAUGCAGCCAGGAACCAUGGAACAGAGAAAAGACUUGCACUGUCUCUCAGACAUUGCUUUCCCAAUAGGAAUCCAUCCUCAUUUAUCCAAAAUGGUGCUACCCUGCAACAUAGAAAGAUUUCUCAGGUUGAUCUUUCCCGGGAAGAAAAAAUUGCUAAAUCUCUUUCAAUCUUAGUUGGUGUGUUUGUCAUUUGCUGGGCUCCCUACACAUUUCUUGCCAGUAUCCGUGCUGCUUGCAGUGGUUAUUGUGUUGAUCCCUACUGGUAUGACAUAACUAUAUGGAUGCUAUAUAUGAAUUCAGCAAUUAAUCCUAUCCUUUAUCCUUUGUGCCAUAAAAGUUUUAGAAAAGCUUUUAUUCUGGUUGCAGAAAAAAGCAAGAAAUUCCUCAAAAUAUAA